AUGACUCCUUUCCGUUGCAACCCUCUCGGAGCCCGAGUGAAACCUGAUGGCACCGUGCGUUUGAUUCUCGACUUAUCCCAGCCGGAGGGCCUGAGUGUCAACGCCCACAUCGACAAAGAUGCCUUCACCGUGCAGUACACAUCGAUGGAUGAAGCCAUCCAGCACAUCUACGCACAAGGGCCCCGCGGUGCCCUGCUCGCAAAAGCCGACCUCAAACACGCCUUCCGCCUGAUCCCGGUCCUCCCAUCUCAGCGCUGGCUGCUUGGGUUUCAAUGGAAUUCAACAUUCUUCUAUGACGUCCGCCUCCCUUUCGGCUUACGGUCAGCCUGCGCAAUUUUCAACGACUUGGCUGAUAUCCUAGCUAUCACAGCACGCUUCCACGCCGCUCACCCGCACAUUCACCACUAUCUCGAUGAUUUUUUCUUUAUCGGCCCAGCCGACUCAGCUGACUGCGAGCGAGCCUACGACGUCUUCCUGACCAUCUGCGAACAGUGCAAAGUCCCUCUGUCCGAACAGAAGUGCUGCGCUCCGUCAACAAAGAUGGAACUCCUCGGCUGCGUCCUCGACACAGCCAACAUGACCAUCUCCCUGCCGCAAGCAAAACUGCAGGCGCUGAUCACGCUCCUCCGAGAGAUCCGAGCCUCCCGCACUGUCCGUCAGAGGCGCCUGCUGAGUCUAGUGGGAAAACUGGUGCACGCAACAAAAUGUAUUCCAGCCGGACGCAGUUUCUUUCGUAGGUUAUUAGACACCGCUCACUCUGUCCACCGCCCACAUCACUGGGUGACGAUCAGGCGAGACACCAGACUCGAUCUGGACUGGUGGCUCGAAAUGCUCCCGGACUGGAACGGCACCGCCCCCCUCAUCCAUCCCACCUGGACACCCGCGGCCGACCUGCACCUGUACACUGACGCCUCCACCGUGGGCUUCGGAGGGUUCUGCGGGGCGGCAUGGUUCUCCGCGCCCUGGCCGGAAGCCACCGCAGAGUGGGCAGACUCCAUCUCCUGGCUCGAGAUGAUCCCCAUUCUCGCGGCCUGCCUGCUCUGGGGUUCCCAUUGGUCCGGUCUCCGCAUCUCCAUGCACUGUGACAACUCCGGUGUCGUCGGCGCGUGGGAGAAGGGAUGGUCUAAAGACCCGCGUCUCAUGUCCCUCAUACGACAGGCACUGUUCGCCGCUGCGCGACACUCUUUCGCCCUGCGCAUCACGCACAUCAAUGGGUCGGAGAACGCCGCGGCUGAUGCCCUCUCCCGGUUACAGGUCGCGAGGUUCCACCGCCUCCAUCCGGCGGCGGAGACGUCCGCCACGCCGCUCCCGAGGCCGCUCACGGCCUUCCUGGCAGCGCCGGCGACAGAGUGUACCGCGGCCUCCGCCUGGCGGAUCUAG